AGUGGCUCAACAUUGGAGGGAACGAAAAAUAUUCUGACUUCUUCUGUUAACAAUGACAACAUAGUCUCUAUUACAACACCUGCUGCAGUUUUUUUGGUUCUGGGUGGUUUGGGACUGGUGUGGCAGCACAACCUACCUUGUGUCCAUCAGCAAGAUCUACAUGGCGAAGAGGAGGAACCUGUCCAACCUGGUGGUGUCAUGUGAGUGGGCGUCCUGCACCUUCAAAGGCCACGGCAUGGAGGAGCUCAGCGAACACAUGUCACUGCACCUGAAGGAUCACCUAGGAGACAGAGAUGCUAUGGAGGAACUAGAUGACUAUGCGUGUCUGUGGGAGGGCUGUGAGUUCCUGGCUAUGGGCAGCCCCAGGGAGCUGGAGAUCCACGCACACUUCCACACCUUCCACAGCAAACUCAAGUACAUCGGGGCACAGCUGCUCAAGUCCCACCCUAACUUCCCCAGCUGCACCCAGGACCUCCACAGCAACAACCUGGUCCCCGAGAUCACAGAGGGACUUGUGUGCCAGUGGGAGCACUGCGAUAGUACAUUUAACAACCCGGAGUGGUUCUAUCGGCAUGUAGAUAUGCACGCUCACUGCACUGGGCUUUCUCCUCUCCCAGACCAGCAACAGGCCAUCUUCUGCAGCUGGAAAGGUUGUGAUGCAUUCUUUAAAAUCAAGUACCGUCUGCGAGAGCACCUGCGCAGCCACACUCAGGAGCGUCUGGUGGCCUGCCCCACCUGCGGCUGCAUGUUCUCCAGCAACACCAAGUUCUUCGACCACAUCCACAGACAGGCCGAGCCAGAGGAGUCCCUGGUGUGUGAGCAUUGUGACAAAGGCUUUGCCAAUGAGAGACUGUUGAGAGACCAUGUACGACAGCAUGUGAACCAUAUCAAGUGUCCCCUGUGUGACAUGACCUGCACCUCUCUCGCCACUCUGAAGAUCCACAUCAAGUUCCGCCACUGUGACGAGCGACCCUUUCCCUGUGACUUCUGUGAGAGCAGCUUUAAGAACCAGCACGACCUGCGGAAGCACAUGGAGACCCAUAAUGAGGGGGCGGCCUACCACUGCUCUGUAGAGGGCUGUGACUACUCCUCCCGCAUGGCCCACACCAUGAACCAGCACUACAAGAGAGUACACGAGGGUGGAAUGGUCUCGAAAUACAAGUGUCAUCUCUGUGACAAAACCUUCUCUUGGUGUUACACACUCACUCUUCACCUGCGCAAGAAACACCACCUGAAAUGGCCCUCUGGACACUCCCGCUUCAGAUACAAGGAAGAUGAAGAUGGCUAUCUGAGGCUGAACAUGGUGCGUUACGAGACCGUGGAGGUGACUCAGGAGAUCAUGAAGAACAUGGCUAAGAAGAGGACGCUCCAUAAGGGCCCCGGGUCCAGCAGCCGAGCCAAGAGAGCUGCCACCCGGGCAGACAGGAGUCACGGCUCUCCCCCUGGCUCCUCCUCCCCCUUCUCUUGCUCCUCCUCUUCCUCAGAGCACUCUGCAGGGGAUGAGAUGUCAGCCCAGCCCAGCCCCAGGGGCAGUGACUCACCUGUGUACUGUGUCCUGAGUAACGUGUCUGAUAUGGGGGAUGACCCCGACACCAACCUGGACGGCUCUGACUCCUGCGGGCCCUCAGGUGCUUUGAGGGCCCUGACUGAGGUGGCCAGGGGUCUGGGGAUGGAUGUGGUGUGAUCACACACACUGACCCUCCUUAUUUUAGUGGUCCAAGUAAACUCUUGACGCUGCCACAAUGGUUGUCUCCAACCUUGAUUCUGUAGACUAAAGUAAUGAUACCAACUUGAAUUGUAUCUCAAUGAAUAGGAAUAUUCCAGGCGAUCAAUGCAGCCAUUAAUAUCUAACACACUAUGUCAUUCCUUUGAAAUUAGCACUUAGCUUUAGAAGAAAAAAAAAUAUAUAUAUAUAUAUACACAGAUCCAGCAUCUUCUCAGGACCCGUGUUGGAGACCACUAAUGUAGCCGUAAUGAAUCACUCUGUUACAGCUGUGCUGUAUGUAUGAUGGCUGGGCUUAACCUGGGAUGGACUGUUUAUUAAAGUUCACUAAAUGUUAGUAUCUCUGGUAGAGAUGCAACAAGUUGGCAAGAAUGUGAAGAUUGUGUUAGUGCUUACUAGCCCUGAUCAAAAGUUUUUUUUUAUACAGUGUGUUUUUAUUUGUUAGUGUUUUACAGUAUGAGCUUUAAUGCGGCGAGGGCGUCAGCAGCUUCAGUUUAAUGCAGCCUCAGUAUGUGAUCCCAUUGACAGCAGUUUUGAAAUAACCUCAGGUUUAAAGUGUAGAAGUCUGUCAGGUCAUGUUCCUGAUGUUUUUCCUGAUGUCCUGAACUCUUUCCCAUUAAGUCAUCGAUCUUAGGUUUUCCUUUAUGGUCACGGGAUAUUCUGUUUUAAUUAAUGCUGUAGCUUUUGAUUUUACCUAGUUCUUGUUUGUUUUUUACAUUUGUUAAGUUUUGUCAGUUAUUUAUAUUUUUGUAUGUCCAUUUUAGGAACAGUAACUUGACAAAUUCAAGAGUUAACGUUUUAUGAACUCAUUCGGUGGAUUGCACUUUUCUGUUCAAUGUCAUUGUUCAUCAAUUUACAGGUGUUUUAAGGGAUGUAAAUAAAUUCUGAGUUUUUCAACAUA